AUGGACGCGGGGCUGCUGAGUAUCAUCCUGGGCAUUGUCCUAGUGCGGGUGGAGACGGCCACGCAGGACCUCAAUCUACACAAGAUUGUAGGAUUUUGGCGAGAAGUUGGUGUGGCCUCCAGCCAAAACCUGGCGCUAAAGACCCCAAAGAGGCUGGAGGCCUUGUUCCUGACCUUGAGUGGAGAUGAGCUGACGGUGAAGGCUGCAUACGACAGCUCAGGAAGUUGUGAGACAGAAAACAUAGUGGGCUCAGAAACCGAUGUUUCGGGGAGAUUUGUUUUUCCUGGCCACAGGGAAAUCCACGUGAUAGACACGGACUACGAGCAGUACGCCAUUCUGAGGGUGUCCCUGCACUGGCAGGGCCGGGAUUUCCACGUGCUCAAAUACUUUACUCGGAGCCUCGAGGACGAGUACGGACCAGGCUUCUGGAGGUUCCGGGAGUUGACAGCUGAUGUAGGGCUGUACCUGGUGGCCCGGCACGGGAGGUGUGCCAAGCUCCUGAAGGAGGUGAGCCUCGCCCCCUGCUGCGCCGAGCCCCCAGGCUGA